AAAUUUUCAGAACGACAAAACCUUUCGGACAAUGGUCGCCCAGUUGGAAUUGGCUUUAAACACUAACAAACUAAGAAGUCCGAAAUUCAGACUACUCAUGUGUGGAAUAUAGUUAACUUAUCAUUCUUAUUUAAUUUAACUAAUCACAUUCUUGAGUACCCUUAUUAGAACUCUUUGACGUCUCCAAACACACACUUCGAAAAUAACAUCUUAAUAACUUUAUACGCUGUAAUCCAGCAUAAUUUACCAGCAUGACGACCAAGCAUAUGUAUUCUACAACAAAUUUAUCUGAUCUUCAAUUGAAAGAACAAGGAAACUGUUUAUUUGCAGCUCGCAAAUACGACGACGCAAUAAAUUGUUAUUCGAAAGCUAUUAUAAAAAACCCUACAAAUGCAACUUUUUUCACAAAUCGGGCGCUCUGCAAUCUUAAGCUAAAACGAUGGGAGCUGUGCUGUCAAGAUUGUCGACGAGCUUUGGAUAUCGACGCAAACUUGCUAAAAGGACACUUUUUCUUGGGGCAAGGCCUUAUUGAGAUAGACAGCUAUGACGAAGCAAUAAAGCAUCUGCAACGCGCUUAUGAUUUGUCAAAGGAACAAAGACAAAACUUUGGUGAUGAUAUAACAUUACAAUUACGACUUGCUCGCAAAAAACGCUGGAAUGUCUUGGAAGAAAAACGAAUUCAAGAAGAGAUUGAACUUCAAUGUUAUUUAAAUCGAUUAAUUAAGGAUGACAUGGAAAAUCGUUUAUCCAAUCUAAAACUAAAUGAAAACUUGCACGAAGAGCAGCUUAAAGAAAAGCAACAAGAAAUUGAACAAGAAUGUGAUGAUCAUAUAAAAGAGCUCAACAAUAUCUACUCAAAAGUUGAUGAACGUCGAAGGAAACGUGAUGUUCCAGACUUUCUAUGUGGGAAAAUAAGUUUCGAAAUACUAACGGAUCCUGUGAUAACUCCAUCGGGGAUAACAUAUGAGCGUAAAGACAUUGAAGAGCAUUUGCAGCGAGUUGGACACUUUGAUCCUGUCACACGAGUAAAACUGACUCAGGAUCAGCUAAUACCAAAUUUUUCAAUGAAAGAGGUUGUUGACUCUUUUAUUGCUGAGAAUGAAUGGUCAUUAGAUUAUUGAUUGUUAAUGUAAUAACUAAUACUGAUACAUGUGUCAAGAUAUUAAAUUUUUUGUUCUGAUAAUAAAAGUUGGAUAAGUAA